AUGGGAGACAAGGUUCAGUCGUCGAAACUCGACAACAAGACCGUGCCUGAUGCAGCAGACGUAGCUGAAGGCAAAGCCUACGGCGCAGCAGAGACGCUUGGACCGGAAGAAGAAAACAAAUUGGUGCGCAAGAUAGAUUUGCAUCUCAUGCCGCUUCUAAUUAUAAGCUAUGGCCUUCAGUAUCUAGAUAAAACAAGCUUGUCGUAUAGCGCCAUCCUAGGACUCAAGAGCGACUUACACCUUGUCGGACAAGAAUACAGCUGGACGUCCAGUAUCUUCUACAUCGGAUAUCUCGUCGCCUCAUACCCGAUUUCACUGGGAUUCGUGAAAUUUCCUCUUGGAAAAUACCUCAGCAUUCUGAUCUUUUGCUGGGGUGUCGUCCUGACUCUCCACGCCUGCGCCCAAGAUUACGCCGGGCUCAUGGUUCUCCGGACGUUCCUGGGUAUCUUCGAGAGCGCCAUCAGCCCAGGCUUCUCCUUGAUCACGGGAAUGUGGUACACACCCCCUGAGCACAUGUCCCGUCAUUCAUUCUGGUUCGCCGGCAACGCAACAGCCAGCAUUAUCGGGAGCAUGAUUGCUUAUGGAAUCCUGCAUUACACCGGUGAUUUCGCCAAGUGGAAGAUGCUCUUCUUGAUAUUCGGUCUCAUCACCGUCGCCUGGUCCAUAUUCCUGUGGUUCUACCUACCGGACAGCCCAGAUACCGCACGCUUCCUGACAGCCACGGAACGCGAGUUCGCCUCCCUGCGCCCCAAGAAAUUCCAACACACAACGCAAACCAAGCACCUUGACAAGAGACAAUUGCUGGAGACCCUGACCGACCCGAAAUCGUGGUGGUUCCUGAUCUUCAGCUUCGUAACCUGCGUUCCCAACGGCGGAACUACAAGCUUCUCAACCCUGAUCAUCAACGGCUUCGGCUACUCGGAAUCCCAAACCAUCUUAAUGGGCCUCCCGGCCUCCGCCUUUCAACUGACGACCGUCAUCCUCGUCGCCGUGAUCACCUCCACCGUCCGCAAAUCCCGCCUCUUCGCCCUGGUAGGCGUAUACCUGAUGGCAUUGGCGGGGAUCCUGAUGAUCAAACUCCUCCCAGAGGACCGCAAACUCCCCCGGCUAGCGGGCUUCUGGCUCGUGACCGCCAUCGCCCCCUCGUUCCCGUUGAUGCUGAGUCUCUUCGCCUCGAACACGGCGGGCUUCACCAAGAAGUCGACAGUGCUGGCGAUGAUCUUUGUCGGGUACUGCGUGGGGAACACGGUCGGGCCGCAGUUUUUCAUCAGUGCGGAGGCCCCGGGGUAUCAUACGGCGUAUACGACGAUCCUCAUCUGCUUCGUGAUCACGAUUGGGUUGGCCGGGGUGUUGAGGGUGUAUCUUGCGUGGGAGAAUCGGAAGCGGGAUCGCGAGCAAGGCGUGCAUGUGAGGGCGGAGGAGGUGCGGCGGGUCGUGCUCGGGGAGGAUGACGGGUUGGAGAUGGUGGAUGAGACGGAUAUUCAGAAUCGGAGUUUUCGGUAUAUCUUGUAG